AUGGUUUCGGAUCGGAAUUUGGUUCUUUACGCUUGCAUUUCCAAAGGAAAUACAGUUCUUGCCGAGUUCAGUUCCGGCGAUCUUGAUUUACAAACCAAAGCAUUACGAUGUCUUGAAAAAGCACCUGAUUAUCACAUUACCUACACUCACACCGUUAGAGAAAAGAUAUACAGCUUCUUGAUGGAAGAUCCAUUCGUAUAUUUUGCAAUUGUUAAUGAAGAAUUCGGUAAUUUACAGAGUUUUCAGUUCUUGGAUUGUGUUAAGCAAGCAUUCUCGAAAAUCUUGGAGAUGAAAGAUGUAAAGAGGUUUGAAAUUCUUACUUCUCAUUGUUUUCAUGAAGAAUUCAUCCCUAUUUUUCGUAGUUUAAUGGGAUAUGAGUGUAAAUCCGAUGAAUUUCAAUCUAGUAUUAUGUCAGCGGGAGAUUUAUGUAAUGAUAGUCACAAUUCAAGAUCAAAACAUAGUGAAAAUCUUAGAAAGAAGAAAAUUUCGGGUGAAAUGGAUGACGAGAGAAGUGAAUUUCCGGCUGAAAACAAAGUGGAUUUAUCGUGUGAUGAUGAUGUUAAUUUAACACGUGAAUUCUCAACGUCUUUAUUGAAAUCUGAGGGUUUGAGUGUAUUGCUAGUUGAAUCGAUUACAUUUGAAGAUUUGUUCUGGAUGAAUUGA